CCAUGAAAAACAUAAGAAGAUAACAUCCUUUAGUUUAUUCUUUAUAUAUUAUAAUACAGCAGUGCAGAUAAUCUCAUCAUCAGAUGUUGGUAUAAAGCCAGGAAUCACUGUUUACAGUAAUAUCUAUGAAUUAUUUUUAAAUAGAUUAAGUCGUCAGCGCGGGGUCUUCUGACAGCAUUAUACAAAUACACAAACAAACGCACACACACAUGCUGUGUCGAGCUGUUCCUCAACACACAUAACAGGUGAACGCUGGACAGGUGUAGUCAGAAAUGCCCCGAAGCAGCAGUUAUUUGGGCUGUGCUGAGGGUAAAUAUCAGACCCCUCCUGCCUCUGAGCUCCAGAGAUUACUGUGGCUUAAACCAGGAACCAGCAGUCGCAUGGAUGAGGUCAGACCUGGAAUCUACAUCGGAGACAUGUAUGCGGCGAAGGACAAACAUAUGCUACAAGCUCUUCAAAUCACACACGUGCUGAAUGCAGCUCACGGGAAGUUCAAUGUAAACACAGGGGUCAGUUACUACCGAGACACAGACAUUAAAUAUCACGGGGUGGAGGCGUUCGAUACGCCCUCCUUUGACAUCAGCCCUUUCUUCUACUCUGCUGCAAAGUUUAUUAAGAGUGCCAUGAGCACCCCUGGAGGUAAGGUGCUUGUACACUGCGCGAUGGGUUUGAGUCGCUCAUCGACGCUGGUAUUAGCGUAUCUGAUGAUUUAUGAAGACAUGACGCUGGUGGAAGCCAUCAAAGCAGUGACUGAACACAGAAACAUCUGUCCAAACUCUGGCUUCAUGGAGCAACUGAGAGUACUGGACCAAAAACUCAUCAGUUAACACUUUACCAUCACCAGUUAGAGUUAACUAAACAGACAUUAUGUCAUAACCACAUAUAGGCUGAAAUAACCUUAAACACACAUCAUAUACAGCAUCAUUUCUCAACCAGGGGGCCUGGGCCCACAGCUGGGCCUCAACACAUUUCCAUGGAGGCUUUAUAACGACUUAAAAUUAAUUAAAAUAAGAAAAAACAAGUAUUAAAAUAAACUAACACAACCAAAAACCAAUGUAACAAUACAUCGGUCUAGUCAUGUCGAGUAGGGCCACACGAUAAAUCGCAAAGGUUGAGAACCACUGAUAUAUACAGUAUUACAUUUGCGUAUAAGGAAACAUAAGAUAUAAUGCCCACUAAUCUCACACAUCUGUUUUAAUUUAUAUCAAAGACCAAAAGAUGUAUCUACAGUAAUGUCUGUUGUCACAUAUAUAAAUUGUUUUGUUUCAUGUUGAAAAUAUAUUUUUCUGUGUAAAAAAACAAUAAAAAUGUGAUCAUUUUUAAAAAUGUGAUUUUAAAAUACGAUUUAAAAUGUGAUUUUAAAAUACGCUGUGCAAAAGUAUCCCUGCAUAAACACAUAAACAUGAUACAUGAAUCCGUGGCAUGGCAUAACAAAACAAGAAACUAGACAUUGCAACUCAGACUGAUCUCACAGCAAGUCGUGUUUCACGAAAAAUGUGAUUAAUUUAUUUGUGUCCAUGGCACAAAAUUCAGCUUUUCAUGCCUUGAGCACAAAUGUCUUUUCGUGUCAGUUUUAUGAAUUUCUAUAAAUAGUUUUUUUGUGUCGGUGACCCGACUUUCUUUUUUGUGUAAUUUUAUGUAUUGUUUUCUCAUAGUUUUUUUUUCAUAUUUUCUUACCAUUGUCACUUGGAGUUAGAAUCACUUUCUGUUACAUUUACAUCCUAACCCAAACCCCAAAUCUAACCCCAACCCCAAGGGACAAUUAUUUAAAAAUAUAAAAAAAGAUAAAACAAUACAUAAAAUGACACGAAAAAGAAA